AUGAAGCUCACGUGCGUUUUAUUUGGAUUCGCCCAUGCUAGAAUCGAGCACUACUUAGACUGCGUCCGACAGAUGGAAAAUCCUAUGAUGAGCUUUCAGCGCGAUUGCGCCAGUUUUGCAUUCGAUGGAGCCGAUCCACCAAGGCCAUCUGAUUACGCUGCAAGAUACAGACGAUCUACUUAUGAGAUGUUCAAGGGAGGCAAGAAUCACGACCAAUGCAAGCCGAUAAAAUGCGCUAGAGAACCUCAUUUCAUCGACAUUGACAUCUUUCAACGCUCUGGGUACCGAAUUGGCCGGGAGAAUAAGAAUAUCAUCGGAAACAAAAUCGACAUUGGAAGAUGCGUCGGUUACUGUCAAAAGACGCCGAAUACUUUUCGUGAUAACUUUACGCCAACCUAUUCUGGAGCACAAAUAACAUCUGGCUGCGCGGCAACAAAAACUGCUUCAAUCUUCGUCAACGGAAGACUCGGACUCGACGAACUUACAGCUGCCAUAACUCUUGAAUGUUCCUGUAAAAACUUUCAAAUAUGCUGA